AUGGCUACCAAAGCUGCUUACAAACGCCUCACCAAGGAAUAUGCUGCAAUGCAGAAGGAGCCGCCACCAUUCGUCUGGGCUGCGCCGGAUGAGAAGAACAUUUUGACCUGGAACUUCAUUAUCCGUGGCCCUUCCGAUUCGCCUUAUGCCGGGGGGGAGUAUCACGGUGUCUUGAUGUUUCCCUCCGAGUAUCCUUUCAAACCGCCCGGUAUCAAGGCGAGUUGUCUGUUGUGGUAUAAUCGAGACAUUGACACCAAUGGUUGGCCCCACAGAUGCUCACCCCCUCCGGUCGCUUCCACCCUGACAAGAAAAUCUGCUUUUCGAUGUCAGAUUUUCAUCCUGGCUCCUGGAAUCCAGCUUGGAGUGUGGCAACAAUGUAGUCUGACCGGUCUACUCUCCUUCAUGCUUUCCGACGAAAUGACCACCGGUUCCGUUACUUCUACCGAUGCCCACAAACGCGCUUUUGCGGUCCGCAGCCACGCACACAAUAUCGCCCAGUCUCGCUUUCGAGAUGCUUUUCCCGAGUACUCCGACGCCCAGAUUCGAGAUUUACCCAACAUGGGUCAAAGGGAGCGUGGAGGUGCUUCGAUCGUAGCAGCUCAACAACCACCAACAUCACCUCCAACGACCAUUGCACCGAUUCCCGCAACAUCUGCUGCCGACCCCAAGGCUGUUUCUGACUCAUCGUCUGCCAAUGCCUGGACGGCGGCAUCUGUUGGACGGGUUUUGUGGGAGAAGUGGCGUUGGGGUUUGUUGAUUGCACUGGCGGUACUCGUUUCUAGGGUGUCCUCAUGA